AUUUAAUUGUUUUUCAAGAUUUCUGUUUUUUAUUGUGUUUCUUGAGAAUAUAUAAACUAAUUAUUAUCUUCUCAUUUUAAAUUUGUCUACUCCAGUUAAAAUCAUCAUCUAUAAUUCAACGUCAUUAAUAGAUUCAAUUUUUAUCUUUUAAUACAGCAGACUUAUUUGAUUAACUUCUCAAUCACACCUUGAUCAAAUUUAUUUCUUUAUACUCCAUAUUCCAAAUACAACAUAAUUAAUAUUUCACUCAAAAUGGUUAAAAAAGAAUUUUAUGGUUCCCUCGAUGGUGUUCAAAUCCUUGGCUCCAUUUCAAACAAACCAGCAUAUGAAGGUGCUCCAACAACUCAAGCAAAUAUUUUAACCAAAAAGGCUGUUGCUUUUAUUGCUUUACUUCAUCGUACUUUCAACAAAACACGUAUUGAAUUAUUGAAAAACCGUGACAUCAUUCAAGAAAAAAUUGAUUCUGGUAAUUAUAAACUAGAUUUCCUACCUGAAACUAAAGCAAUUAGAGAUGAUUUAACAUGGAAAGGUCCUACUUUAGGUCCAGGUUUGAUUGAUAGAAGAGCUGAAAUCACUGGUCCAACCACAAGAAAAAUGGUUAUCAAUGCUUUAAACACUCCUGUUUACACUUAUAUGACCGAUUUUGAAGAUUCCUCUUCUCCAACCUGGGAAAAUAUGGUCGAUGGUCAAGUUAAUCUUUAUGAUGCCACUAGAAAACAAAUUGAAUUACCAACCCCAAAGAAAUACUAUAAAGUCGAUUUCUCGAAACCAACUCCAACUUUAAUCGUUAGACCAAGAGGCUGGCAUUUAGUCGAUGAUCAUAUCCUCGUUGAUGGUGAACCAAUUUCUGGCUCUUUGAUGGAUUUCGGUCUUUAUUUUUUUCACAAUGCUAAAGAAUCGAUUGCUAACGGUUUUGGUCCAUACUUCUACUUGCCAAAAAUGGAACACUACUUAGAAGCAAGGUUAUGGAACAAUGUUUUCAAUGUUGCUCAAGAUAUUCUCGAAAUUCCAAGAGGAACCAUUAGAGCCACUGUUUUAAUUGAAACUUUACCAGCUUCUUUCCAGAUGGAUGAAAUUAUAUUCGAAUUAAGAGACCACUCAGCUGGUCUUAACUGUGGUAGAUGGGAUUACAUGUUUUCAACCAUCAAAAAAUUAAGAAACAAAUCACAGCAUCUUUUACCAGACAGAGAUCAAGUUCUUAUGACCUCUCCAUUUAUGGCCGCUUACGUUAAAAGAUUAAUCAAAAUCUGUCAUACCAGACACGUCCAUGCUAUGGGUGGUAUGGCUGCUUUAAUUCCAAUUAAAAAUGAUCCAGCUGCCAACGAAAUUGCUAUGGGUAAUGUUAGAAAAGAUAAGUUACGUGAGGUAUUGGCCGGUCAUGAUGGUUCUUGGAUUGCUCAUCCAGCUUUAGAGCCAAUCUGCACUUCUGUUUUUGAUGAACACAUGAAAACUCCAAACCAAAUACACAUCAUCCCAGACACUGCUGAAGUGACUCCUGAUCAAUUGAUUGAAACUCAAAUUGAAGGUGGUAGAAUCACUGAAAAGGGUAUAAGACAAAAUCUUUACAUUGGUUUAUGUUACAUGGAGGCAUGGCUCAGAGGUUCUGGUUGUGUUGCCAUCAACAAUCUUAUGGAAGAUGCUGCCACUGCUGAAGUCUCGAGAACUCAAUUAUGGCAAUGGGUCACCCAUCGUGCUGUCUUAACUGACACUGGCGCAACUCUUACACCAGAAUUGUCCUCGAGCUUAUUAGCUGAAGAAACCGAAAAAUUAUUAAAGAUAGCUCCAGUUGGAAACAAAUUUGAAUUGGCAGCUUCUUUGUUCAAACCAGAAAUCACUGGUGAGUCAUUCAGCGAUUUUUUAACCACUUUGUUAUAUCCAUCCAUCACAACUGUCGGUGAACCAGUUGACUUAAAUACUUUAGAAUAAUUUCUUUAUCACUGCUGUUCAUUUGUUAUGUAAAUUUCCAUAGUUUUUUUUAUCUUUUUAAUGAAUAAAUUUUAUAUGUUUUAAAUUUUCAAUUUUUAGUUUUAUUU